UAACAAGCACGACUGAAAUAUAAAGCGAACACAUUUAUAGAUCUGAUGUAUCUCGACAAAGUUCAUACCUAUCUAGUACCUAGGUAGUAUCUUCUAUGCUUGCAUUUUAACGACGGCCUCUAUCCAACAAGCACGUCAUGACAAUGUCUCCCGGCGUUGAAUAUCAAGGUCAAGGCAAGGAUGUCGAGAAGACGAUCGCCCUCUCUCCGACACAGAGUGCCCGCGAUGGGCAAGUUGUCGAGCCGCUCGGCACCAAGCGAGGCAUUAAAUCACGCCAAGCUCAGAUGAUAGCCAUUGGAGGAAGCGUUGGGACGUCUCUCUUCAUUGCCAGUGGUCAGGCUCUUGCUGUAGGGGGGCCGGCAUUUCUUCUUGUGGCAUAUAUCAUCAUGUCUCUUAUGGUAUACGGCAUUGUUACAGCUGUCGUCGAGGUCGGUACUCAUUUACCUCUUUCCGGAGCCUCGAUGUCGAUGCACUGCAGUCGUUACGUGUCGAAAUCUCUAGGUGUCGCGCUCGGUUACCUUUAUUUCUAUUCAUUCGGUAUCCUUGCCGCCUACGAGAUUACUGCAGGAACAAUCCUCAUCAAUUACUGGCCAAACAACGUGCACGUUGCGGUUUGGAUCACGAUAUUCAUGGUACUCAUCAUCGGGCUCAACCUUUGUCCUGUCCAUAUCUACGCCGAAACCGAAUUCUACUUCGCCGGCAUCAAAGUUAUCCUCAUAAUAGGUUUACUAAUAUUGUCACUCGUCUUGAUGCUCGGUGGAGGUCCUUCCCAUGAUCGACUCGGUUUUCGCUACUGGUCUGAUCCUGGAGCUGUUAAUGCGUAUAUCGAACCCGGCUCGCGUGGUCGCCUUGUCGCUUUUAUUUAUGUUUGGAUAUUGUCCGGCUUCUCAUUUUAUUUCAGUCCUGAAUUAAUUAUCGUCACGUCGGGAGAAAUGAAGAACCCGCGGAAGAAUCUCCCAAUAGCGUCGCGGCAGUUCUUCUAUCGCUUGAUCUUCUUUUAUGUCCUUGGCGCUGCCGCCAUCGGGGCCAUAUGCGCCUCGAAUUCUUCAGGGCUCGUCUCCGGGGCUGGGAAUGCGAACGCGUCACCGUGGGUUAUUGCUAUUCGCAAUGCGGGUAUCGAGAUACUCCCGUCUAUUGUGAACGCAGGAAUCCUCUCAAGUGCCUGCUCUGCCGGAAACUCGUAUCUAUUCAUGUCGGGCCGUUCGUUGUAUUCACUUGCGGUCUCCGGACAUGCACCCCAGAUAUUCACCCGAUGCAACCGCUGGGGUGUACCGAUCUAUGCUGUUCUCACGGCCUGCCUCUUUGUACCUUUGGCUUAUAUGGUUUGCAAUUCAGGUACAGGAGUUGCGUUCAACUGGUUCAUAAGUAUCACGAACACUGCAGGAUACACAUCUUGGAUUGUUUGCUGCGUCACCUUCCUGAGAUUUCGCAAAGCAUGCGAUAUUCAAGGCAUCGCAUCACCUUACAAGUCACGAGCCCAGCCGUUUGCGGCCUGGAUCUGCAUGAUCCUCUUUGCGGUUUUGCUGUUGCUCAAUGGUUUCACUGUUUUCCUUCCCGGAAAAUGGUCUGUGAGCGGAUUCUUGACAUCAUACAUUGGAAUUCCCAUCUUCCUAGUCAUCUGGCUUGGACACAAGCUUACUGCUGGUCGAAAUGACCCAUGGAUGUAUAGUCCACAGGACGUCGAUUUAACUUCAGGUUUAAGUGUGGUUGAAGCAGAUGUAUCACAGGGCCAAGCAGAUGAAGCGAUGAAUUCAGCUGGAGUUGGCCUGAUCAAGAAGUUAAAGAAUCGGUUCAUCUCAGUUCAUAUUAGCGACAGCGACGAGGUGGCGUACGCUUCUUGA